CCGCCGGCGGGAGGCGGGCGGAGGAGGGAGCGGGGCCGUCCACGUGCGGCAGCGGUUGAGCGCGGCCCGGCGGCGUCAUGAAGCGGCCCAAGCUGAGGAAGGCGAGCAAGAGGCUGACAUGCCACAAGCGCUACAAGAUCCAGAAGAAGAUCAGAGAACACCACCGAAAAGUCAGGAAGGAGGCCAAGAAACGUGGACGCAAAAAGCCUAAGAAAGAUCCUGGUGUUCCUAGUGCUGCACCGUUUAAGGAACAGCUUCUACGGGAAGCAGAGCAAAGAAAGCAGAGGCUUGAAGAACUAAAACAAAAGCAGAAGCUCAACAGACAGAAAGAACAUGAAAAGAAGAGGAAGCUCGAAGCUAAAAAGAAUGCCAAAAUUAAGGAAAAAGCAGAGGGAAAGGAAUCCUCUGGAAAAUCUAAAGCAAAAGCUAACAAAUGGCUGGAUAAAAAUUCAAAGGAGUCAUUCUGCAGCGAGCUCAGGAAGGUGAUUGAGGCCUCAGAUGUGGUUCUAGAGGUUUUAGAUGCAAGAGAUCCAAUGGGCUGCCGGUGUCCUCAACUGGAGGAAGCUGUAACUUGCUCUGGAGGAGGCAAAAAGCUAGUGUUGGUUCUGAACAAAACUGAUCUAGUGCCAAAGGAGAACUUAGAGAAAUGGUUGAAUUAUUUGAAGAAGGAGUUUCCAACAGUUGCUUUUAAAUCGGCAACACUGAUGAAAGACAAGACUCUGCAGGAGCAGUCCACAAGGAGACGUGCACGUGUUGAUGUAUCAAGAACCAGUGAAUGUCUUGGAACCAAAUGCCUUCUGAAACUUCUUCAAGAGUACGGCAGGACUCAAAACAAAGCCAUUCAGGUUGGGGUUGUAGGUUUCCCUAAUGUGGGAAAGAGCAGCAUAAUCAACAGCCUUAAAGGAGUUCGUGCUUGCAACGUUGGCUUAACAAGAGGUGUUACCAAGUCCAUGCAAAUUGUGCACAUUGAUAAACAGACAAAGAUGUUGGACAGUCCAAGUAUAAUUGCAGAUCGCUCCAACAGUGCCCUGGCUCUGGCCUUGAGAAGUAUCAUAGACACUGAAGAAUCAGACUUAGCAGAUCUGCUUGAAGGAAUAUGUGCAAUUCUAAGUCACUGCAAUAAACAGCAGGUAAUUAUGCGCUAUAGUAUCCCAGAUUUUGAGAACACUGAAGAGUUUUUAGCUUUACUGGCUCAGAAAAGGGGUAUGUUGAAAAAGGGAGGUGUUCCUGACAUAGAGAAUAUCACUAAAGUACUUCUUUGUGACUGGACAGGAGCUAAAAUAAGCUACUACUCACAACCUCCAGAAUCUCAGACACUGCCACCAUACCUUACAGAAGACAAAAUAGCUGAAAUGCAAGAAUGCUUUAAUUUGAAGAACCUAGAAGAAGAAAACAACAACACUGUUCAAGCUUUAAAAUGUCCCAGUCCAGCAAACAGCAUAAUUUUUCAGUCAGCUGGUAUGGCAAAUGGGACAAUAGUGAUAAAGGAAGCAUCAGAGUGGGAAAACUUGGAAACAAGCAAGGAAGAGGAGGACGAGGAAGAAGAGGAGGAUUUCCUAGAAAGUGACGAUGAUCCAAACAAUUUGGAAGAAGAAAUGGAUGUCGAAGAGAAAAGCAAAGUUCAGAUCUCCAGGAAAACAAAGCUUGGAAAACAAACAAGUCCUACAAAUUCAGAAAAGCAAAUAGCAGAAAGCGAACAGUCCAAUUCACUGUUGCUCAACCUGGAUAAGACAGCAGAUGAAGAUGAUGCCUACGAUUUUAAUACAGACUAUGUGUAAAGAAUUGUGUAUGAAGACACUGUUUGGAGACUCAUUAGUGGCUUUCAGACCAGUCAUGAGGACAUGUGUGGUGGCAGAAGUUGGAGGAAUACUGCAUAAUAGAGCUGCUGCAAAGAUUCACAAUUAUUGCUGUGUCAAAUAAUGUGUAUAAUAGUG